GAUUCCACUUCAGGUUCCACGUCCGCCAGCAUGCACGCCUCGGAAAUGGUCAUGGCCUUCUUUUCCUCGACCACCACCGCCCUCUACUCCGACGGCUGGACGCCCUCGUCCGCCGGCGCCUACGCCGGCACCUGCAUCUUCUUGAUCGUCCUCGCCGUCGUCUUCCGCGCGCUCCUCGCGGCGAAACAUCGUCUCGAAGCGCUGUGGCACGACCAGGCGCUCCAACGACGGUAUGUGGUCGCGGCGGAGCGGGACGCGGGUGGGUUUUUUGGGAAGGACGCCGAUGUACGGAGCGGGGUUUUGUCGAUCAAUGGGGUGGAAGAGGAGGUGAGGGUGGUGCGGGCGCCUACCGGACCGGUCCAGGCCUUCAGGUUGACAACCGACGUGCCGCGUGCUGCUCUCGUCGUCGUCAUUGUGGGUGUUGGGUACCUCCUGAUGCUGGCGGUCAUGACCCUGAACGUAGGGUACUUCCUCUCUAUCCUCGGAGGCACUUUCCUAGGUGAAUUAGUGUUUGGGAGAUUCGGUCAUGCA